GCGCGGGGACUUUGAGCCUUUUCUCCCGUCUGCAGUCUGGAGGAACGCGGCUUCGGCUCCUGCCCGACCGAAUCGACGGACCAUGGGGGCUCUGGGCGUCCGGCGCGGCCUGGAGUGGCUGCUGGGCCUCUACUUCCUCUCCCACGUCCCCAUCACCCUGUUCCUGGACCUGCAGGCGCUGCUGCCGCGCGAACUCUACCCGCUGGAGUUGAGAAACCUGAUGGAGUGGUAUGCUAAGGAGUUCAAAGACCCUCUGCUACAGGACCCCCCAAUGUGGUUUAAGUCCUUCCUGUUUUGCGAGCUUGUGUUUCAGCUGCCUUUCUUUCCCUUUGCAGCGUAUGCCUUCUUCAAAGGAGGCUGCAAGUGGAUCCGCAUCCCUGCAAUCAUCUACUCGGUUCACACCAUGACAACUCUAAUUCCAAUUCUCUCCACAUUUCUGUUUGAGGAUUUCUCCAAAGCCAGUGGUUUCAAAGCACAAGGACCUAAGACUUUCCAUGAACGACUAACCCUCUUAUCUGUCUAUGCCCCCUACUUUCUCAUCCCUCUUAUGAUUCUGCUUUUCAUGUUGUGGAGCCCCCACUACAAGUAUGAGGAGAAAAGAAAGAAAAAAUGAGAGAAAUAACCACGCCCAGGGGAGAGAUGCCCGCAGGCAGUUUCCUAUUGGAGCUGGUACAAGAAAACUGCUCAGAACCCAUGUCUUCAGUAACAUAUGAAGCACACUAGCAGCAACACACAAGAGCAAGACACUGGCAGGAGCAACAUCAGACCUUCACCUUCCAAGGACACUGGCACAAACAGACCGAUCACCUGAGGAUGAGCAGAGGGGUACAGGCUAGGUGAUAGGGAAGUGGUGCCACAUACCUCACUGUGUGCCUAAGUGCCAUUGCAGGAUUACUAAAAGCAGGACCAGACCAGAAACUGGAUAAAACUUCCAAGAAACAUGGCCUGCUUGGCAUGUUCAUGAGUCAUCUGACCCACAUUAUACAUGUGACAGAACCCUUGACUCAUGAUUCUCUACAGCCUAUCACUAAUCAGCAAGAUGAAUACUGAGAUGUUUCAGGCCACUUUUAAGUUGGAAAUUAUGCCACUUUAAUAUUCAUUAAAAACUCUAUCAUGUUUUCUCGUCCCCAUCCCUGGGGGGAAAAAAUUCUGCAAGAGGUUUAAACUUAGUUUUCCUUAAGGUUCAGCCUUGGCACAACUCUCAAUCAGAAAUAGGUUAAACUGGAAGGUGUUCUGUUUCUCUCUUAAAACAGGUCAUCCUGAGAAAAGAGGUUUUUUAAGUCUCCUUGUUUAUCCUCUUUCUAAACCUUAGUGUUCUUUAUAGACCACCUGACAUAAGUUCCUUUACUCUGGGGUCUGCUGUCUCAAACCUGAUCUGGAGGUGUGCGUCCUACUGGGUAGCUUCAUCCUUCCCAAUGGUUUGAUCAUCCCUUCCCGUGUUCUCAGUUGAAGGGGUGGGGGCAGCGGGGCGUGUCCCAUGUGUGCAUUUAAGGUCUCUUCAUAUUAGCACCUGGUGUUUCUAUUAGCUUCCUGUCAAUUCGUACUCAAGGCCAACCCCCAAAAAAGACUUGUGAACACACGGAAAAUGGUAGAAACUAGUCCCAGGUAGUUCCCUCCUUUUGCCUGUUUUGCUCACAAGCCGCAUUGGUCUGAUUGUUGGGAGUAUCAUCUGACUCAUGUGUCUGAUCCAAAUAAAAGUAGCUGCUGACCA